AUGAUUGACACCUUGUUUAUAGGCAUUCCCACAGACGAUAAGCAGGCAACCGGUCUGGAGAAGAUCGUGUCACAAGCUGCAAAAAAAGGAGCUGACCCUUAUAAAAUGUUAAAACCAAAGGAGUACGCUGGCUCCAGACAAGACCCCCAUCUCGUUCCCUCCAUCACCAACAAGAGGAUUGUUGGCUGUGUUUGUGAGGAGGACAACACUGCAGUGGUUUGGUUUUGGUUGCAUCAGAGAGCUGCCCAGCUUUGCCCAUGCUGUGGUGCUUUCUACAAACUUGUUCCACAAAAGUUACCGCACUGA